UUAAGGUGGAGCCAAGGCUGCCAUGUUGGAUUGUACAAAUGAUUGGCUACAUAUUUUUAUUUCUUUUUAGCUACACUAAAACUGAAAUUCAGUUACAUUUGAAUACGUAUUCAUACAUAUUUUUCUCUAUUCUAUCGUUAUACGUCUUACUUUUUCGUGCGUGUAUAAACUUGUAAAACGGGUAGGAAAGGGGGAUCUGGCAACCCGAUCCCAUCUGUCAUUGGGCAGUACGAGUUCAUGAGAUUCGAGUUUGAAAGGAAAGAAGCUGUAACUGUACAUAAUAAAUAUAGAGUACGUACAAACGCAAUUUGCGACAUGGGCUCGGGGGAAAGUAGGACGAGGAAAGUGUCUUUUGGUGUGGACGACGAGGACAGAGUCAGGAUUCUUCGCGGAGUCAAGCUUUCAGAAGAUGUUCUCCAGAGGAUGAGGGGUGUGGCCAACAUUCCUCCACAGUGUACACAGAGAGAGACAGGUGCCUUUUUAAGUGCCAACUCCAGCAGCCGACCCCAACAGAACCCACAGCACCAGACCCAGUCAAGCACCCAGCUCAACAGGAACAAAACAACUACUAAAGUUACGGAAGAUGCGCAGAAGACUGGUGAUUGCCAGCACAGCAUACUGAGGGAGGAGUUGGACCAGGAAAGAGAGGCAGAGAAAGGGAAGGAGGAGAUGAUUAAGGCAUUGAGUCGGGACAGACAACAGGCACGCCAGAAGGCUGAGGAGGCCAAACAGUUGACUCAAGAGCUUCAAAAGAAAGACUUGAGACUGAAAGCGCUGGAUGCUUUCUAUAAGGAGCAGGUGGCACUACUGGAGAAGAGGAAUUUUGAACUGUAUGAACAGAGCAAGGAAAAAUUCCACCAAGCUGCAUCCAAUACAGAAUCAAACGUGAGGUCUCGGAGUACCAGUGCCGUAUGUCCUGGCCUGCAGGCGCAGAUUUUAGCAUGCUACAAGGUGAAUGGGCAGCAGACCUUAAGAUGUUCAGACCUGGCCAAAGAAUACAUGCAAUGCAUCAAUGCGGCAAAGAGGAACUACCUGGUCAACCAUGGAUGAAGAAGGCGAAUAGAAGCUUUUCUGACAGACUUUGACUAUACCUCUAAGAGUGUCACCUUGUAUCACAAGCUGGUGUUGAAUUAUGGGAGGUUUAAGUUCCUUUUAGCAUGGCUUGUUGUUUAUUGUUCUAUAAUACUACUUAUCUCCCGUACCAUCCAUUGAAAUUGGGCUAUAAGUGUGCACUGCUCCAUUUCACACAGGACGAAAAAAAGAGUCAAUCAUGGCUUUGCAGUCAUAGUCAAGAGACUUCCAAUGCAAUCUUUUAUGAGAUCAUUACAAGCUGUUUGCUCAAUUAAUAGGGUUAAGAUGCAUUCAGGACUCUUUCUUGCACACAUGAACAUCAACUUCAAUUUACGUCCAUAUUUCCGCUGGUUGUGUAGCGGUUUAAAAAAAAAAAAUGCUUUGAAGACUGUAUUCAUUAUUAUUCGGAUGGGUCGCUUUCUAUUUCAUGUAGGAUGUUUGCAUCCUCAUGACCGUGACUUAAAUACACCAGGCCUACAUUGUAUUGCAUUAUUUGUUUUAAUUAAACUUUUCCUGGUUUGUUCUGGU